AUGGCCCUCCGCCAGACCGUCGCCUCGCAGGCCGCCCAGCGCGCUGCGCGCCCAUCCAGGUCCGCUGUCGUGGUCCGCGCCUCUGCAGAGAGCCGCCGCGCGGUGCUGUCCAGCUUCGCGGGCGCCGCCGCGCUGCUGGCGGCCACCGCCGCGCAGGCCGCCACCCCCGUGGACCUGUUUGAUGACCGCAAGGCCAGGGACACCGGCUUCGACCUCAUCUACGAGGCGCGCGAGCUGGACCUGCCCCAGAACGUCCGCGACGGCUUGAGCCAGGCGCGUGAGAACCUGGAGGCCACCAAGGCCCGCGCCAGGGAGAGCGAGAGGCGCCUCGACAACGACGUGCUGCCCUUCGUGGAGAAGGCCUACUGGACCCUGGCCCGCGAGGAGCUGCGCUUGCAGGUGGGCACCCUGCGCUUCGACCUCAACACCCUGGCCAGCGUGAAGCCCAAGGAGGAGAAGAAGGCGGCCCUCGCCCUCCGCAAGGAGUUCCUCAGCGCCGUCGAGGACCUGGACCUGUCCCUCCGCAAGAAGGACAAGGACUCGGCCCUGGCCAAGCUGCCCGUGGCGCAGGCCAAGCUCGACAGCGUCCUGGCCGCCGUCCUCUAA